AUUUCCUGGAAGCAAAAACUUUGCUGGAAAACACUUUGAAGCUUUUGAGGAACUCUUGUCCUCAGCAGAUUCCUGAAACUCUGACCAUGGAGGAAACAGAGACACCAAGACAGAGAUCCACUGGAGAAGCUGGGCGUGAGGAGGGCAGAUUGCUGGGAACCAGCAAACCUCUGCACCGCUUUGUCCAAAAGGAGCCCAGAAUAUUUGGGGUUGUCCUUGUGAUAUUUGGCAGUACUGAGCUGCUCAUGGGGUUUCCUCUGUAUGCAAACGGUGAUGAUUCUCUCACAGUCUAUGUUCCCUUCUGGCUGGGAGGUCUGUUUCUUUCAAGUGGAAUCCUGUCCAUUUACACAGACUUGCAUCCAUCCAAGAAGAUGGUGACCGUGUGUCUGGCCAUGUAUGUGGUCUCCAUGUUGUCAAUAUUCAUCUCUUUGGGGUUAAGGAUACAUGUAAUCGAGUCGUUCCUUUUCCAUUCUUACAUCAUGUCUAACCCAUGGUCUUACAACCGUUAUAUACAAGCUUCAAGCAUUGACUGCAUCCUGGUGGCAACGUCACUCUGCGUGUUUGGGCUCCUCAUCUUUUUGUCCACAAUCGCACGACUUGCACUGAAGUCCAGCCGCACUCAGUUGAUCGUCCAUCACGUUCCACCACCACAGGGGGACACGGCAUCAGACUAGGAACCUUCUGAAGCAUCUACAUAUAAAGAGUACCACUGUCAAAAAGAAGAAUUUUUGUCAUUUUAACCACAUAAUCUCAUUUUAUUUAGAAACUGGUAUUAAAAUCCACUUUUUAUAAAGGAAAUAUUCUAACAAAAGUAUAUUAUUGUGUUUAACUGCUUGGGAGAGAAUAUAAAACCCUUUCAUGUUAUGUGUGACUGUGAACUGCAUCCUGUGUGCUCUUUCCCAGUUUGAGCUUUCCCAACACCCCACAUUUAGAACAGAAUUGUGCCAAAUCAUGGUCAUUGAGGAAAGCAGAGGAAGAAAAGGUGUUCUACCAAGUCAUACUUGGAAACACAGACAGCAGGUUUGGAUUUUAACUCUUUACUUGACCAUGUUACAGAAAGAAAAAAAAACAUAAAAUCACUUUAUAAAUCUCUUUUAAAGUCGUUUAGGUUGUUUUCACACAUAAAAAGAAAGUUUAUUGCGACAUUGUCAUAUGUCAAUUGGAACAAAUAAAGACAAAACAGAAGAUUUUUCAAAGAUGCUUCUUAUUAUGCAACUCCUAAAGGGACAUUUAAGUAAAAAUAAAGAAGUGUUGUUUCUUGUGAAUAUGAGAAAGUAUCAAACUAGGGGGUCAUUUCUUUUCUGAGUCAGUUACCUGAAAAUGACAUUACAUGAGAUAUUUUGUUUUACUUUUGGACUUACCUACAAAGACAUUGGAGUCCUAUAUACUGUCCCUUCAGAGGCUCCGUAUUUUAUGGACAACUAAUACUUU